AAACAACACGCUGUCUCAUUUUCCUCUAUAAGCGGGUCGGGGAACCCAAAUUUAAUACCGAUCAAGCCCAAAUCCCCCGCCGGUAAUGCAUCUACAGUCGCUGAUGUCGUACAUCUCGACAGUGACAGUGAUGACGACCACGAUAGAGGAGGUGGAGGAUCGUUUCGGAGCUCGGCGUCAUUAACGGAGAAUCGGCAAGCUCCAAGCACGACGUUUCUUCACUCGAAUGCCACUUCACACAAAUGGAGUUUUGGAGCAAUCGCAGAGCUACUUGAUAAUGCUGUUGACGAGAUACAAAAUGGUGCUACUUUUGUCAAGAUCGAUAAGAUAUAUAUUUAUAAAGAUAACUCUCCAGCUUUGGUUUUCCAAGAUGAUGGCGGCGGGAUGGAUCCCGAUGGGAUCAGAAAAUGCAUGAGCUUAGGCUACUCAACAAAGAAGUCCAAUACGACGAUUGGACAGUAUGGAAAUGGUUUCAAGACAAGUACCAUGAGACUUGGAGCUGAUGCCAUCGUUUUUAGUCGCUCAACUCGUGGGGGCAAAUCUACCCAGAGCAUUGGCCUUUUGUCUUACACGUUCCUUAGAAGAACUGGCCAGGAUGAUGUCAUUGUUCCUAUGAUUGAUAUGGAUAUAUCCAAGGAGCGAGUACAACGAAUCAUAUAUGGAUCUUCAGAAGAUUGGUCCACCAACCUUGAAAUUCUUCUCAAAUGGUCCCCGUUUUCAACAGCGGACGAACUUUUGCAGCAGUUCGAGAAUAUUGGAACGCAUGGAACCAAAGUAAUUAUAUACAACUUGUGGCUUAAUGAUGAAGGAAUCUAUGAGCUGAGUUUUGACGACGAUGACGAGGAUAUACAACUUCGAGAUGAUAAUGCCCCGGACGGGAAAAAGAUGCUCUCGAAAACAUUAGAACUAAGAUCUCAUAUAUCGUACCGCUAUCGACAUUCUCUUAGGGCUUACGCUUCAAUGUUAUAUCUCAAAAAGUUCAAAAACUUCAAAAUUAUUCUUCGGGGAAUCCCUGUGGAGCAAUACAACAUUGCUGAUGAAUUCAGACAUCCUCAGACUGUGAUCUACAAACCCCAAGCAGCUGAAAUGGAAUAUGCUCCCACUGAAAUUAAAGUUGGAUUCAUCAAGGAGGCGCCUAAGCUUCCAGUCUGCGGUUUCAAUGUCUAUCACAAAAACCGUCUCAUCCAGGCAGCCUUUCCGGGAUGUCAUUGGGAGCGGAGCAGCAUCAAAAGGCCAUGGUGUUGUCGGUAUAACCUGGAGGAGAGACUCAUGAACCAAAAAUCUGUUCCCCCAGGAGUUCUUGAAGCAAACUUUAUAGAACCGGCUCACGAUAAGCAGGAUUUUGAGAGGUCUUCUCUAUUCCAGCGGCUGGAGGCGAGGCUGAGAAAGAUUGUCUCUGAUUACUGGAACAGAAACUGCCACGUUUUCGGAUACCGUUAUAGUCAAAUGCCUGCAGAUAGGUCGAAAAGGGUAGCAAUACCUGAUGAGCCGCCUACUGUCAGUACAUUCAGUCCGUCGCCUUUACCUCCUAAUAACGUUACUCAUGGUGGUCCGGUCAUACGUGAAAUCAGUCAUAGUAAUGGCACUUCGGUCCGUACGUUUGCUGUGCCACCGCCACACAUGAGACACUCCACGGGUUUAAGAAGCAACUUCCAACCCGUGCAGCUCAACCCUCAACCUGCAGCUACCGAUACCCGAAGCAACCUAGCUGGCAAGUCAGCGAACGAGAUAAGUGCAGAGAACAUACAACUCUUCAUGAGGUGCGAGGAAUAUAUAGAGAAAGAGACUGAAAUGGAACAGACGGUAAGGAGUUUAGAACUGGAACUGGAAGAAUUCAAAAGUAAAUGCGCACAACUUGCUCUGCUUGUGGAUGCUAAGAAGAAGGAGAUGCAACAACUCGUCUCAAUGUCCUCGUCGGAAACGCCUUCCAAUGCAAAAAUCCCGGUCACCGAUAUCGUGAGUCUUGACACUGACAGUGACGACGACGACGGUGGGGGAGGAAGAGGAGUGUCUCGGAGCUUGUCGUCUCUAAUAGAGAAUACGCAAGUUACAAGUACGAUCGCUGGUGCGGCGGCGGGUCCUGUGGAAACCCUAGAAUGCCGGAGCUUCUGGAAGGCCGGAGAAAGCUUUGUGAUCCCUAACGUUGUUACUCCGGCUGCUUCAGGUACGCUUGAGCAUGCUCGUGUUCAUCCCAAGUUUCUUCACUCGAAUGCUACUUCACACCAAUGGGCUUUUGGAGCAAUAGCCGAGCUACUUGACAAUGCUGUUGACGAGAUACAAAACGGUGCUACUUUUGUCAAGAUCGAUAAGAUCGAUAUUGCCAAGGAUCAUUCUCCAGCUUUGGUUUUUCAAGAUGAUGGCGGCGGGAUGGAUCCCAAUGGGAUGAGAAAAUGCAUGAGCUUAGGCUACUCAACAAAGAAGUCUAAUACAACGAUUGGACAGUAUGGAAAUGGUUUCAAGACAAGUACCAUGAGACUUGGAGCUGAUGCCAUUGUUUUUAGUCGCUCAAAUCGUUCAGGGAAACCUACUCAGAGCGUCGGCCUUCUGUCUUACACAUUCCUUAGAAGAACUGGUCAGGAUGAUGUCAUUGUUCCUAUGAUUGAUAUGGAUAUAUCCAAGGAGCGACCACAGCCAAUUAUAUAUGGAUCUCUAGAAGAUUGGUCCACCAACCUUGAAAUUCUACUCAAAUGGUCUCCGUUUUCAGCAGAGGCCGAUCUUAUGCAGCAGUUCGAGGAUAUUGGAACGCAUGGAACAAAAGUAAUUAUAUACAACUUGUGGCUUAAUGAUGAAGGAAUCUAUGAGCUGAGCUUUGACGACGACGAUGUGGACAUCCGGCUCCGAGAUGAAGGUCUCCAUGAUGGAAAACGGUUGCACCAUAAAGAAUUGGAACUGAGAUCUCAUAUUUCAUACCAGUUACGUUACUCUCUGAGGGCUUACGCUUCAAUGUUAUACCUCGAAAAGUUCAAAAAUUUCAAGAUUAUACUUCGGGGAAUCCCUGUGGAGCAGUUCAACAUUGCUGAUGAAUUCAGAUAUCCUGAGAUUAUAAUGUACAAGCCCCAUACAGGUACAAUGGAACAGGCUACCACUGAAAUCAGAGUUGGAUUUAUAAAGGAGGCGCCCAACUUCGCAGUUUACGGUUUCAAUGUAUAUCACAAAAACCGUCUCAUCCGGCCUUUCUGGAAGGUCACCAUGGACGGGUCAUCGAUAGGCUAUGGCGUUGUCGGAGUUCUUGAAGCAAACUUCAUAGAACCUUCUCACAAUAAGCAGGAUUUCGAGAGGUCGUCUCUAUUCCAGCGGUUGGAGGCGAGGUUGAAGAAGGUUUUCACUGAUUACUGGUCUCUUCUUCCUCUUCAAAACCUUUUUUCCAAUCAUCUCUCCGUAUCUUUUCAAUAUGAUUUUGGUUCCAAACCGCAGUACCUUUGUUUGACUAUUACUCAACUGCUUGUUAUGGAGAAAAACAGGUAUGGCCACUGCCACGUUUUCGGAUACAGCUCUUAUCAAAUUCCUGCGGAUAAGUCGAAAAGGAUAGCAAUACCUGACCAAGCUCCUACUGUCAAUACAUUGAAUCCUUUGCCUUUGCCUUCUGAUAAAGUUAGUCAAGGUGGUCCAAUAAUACGUGAAAUCAGUUUUAGUAACGGUACUUCGAGCCGUACAGUUGCUGUGGCACCGCCACAUAUGAGAAACUCCACGGGUUUAAGAAGCAACUUUCAACCCGUGCUGCUUAACCAUUCCCCUGCAGUUACCGAUACUGGAAACAACCUCGUUGCCAAGUCAGUGGAAGAGAUCAAGGAAGCAAAUUUACAACUCUUUCUGAAGUGCGAGGAAUUUAUGAAGAAAGAGACUGAAAUGGAACAGACGGUAAGGAGUUUAGGGAAGGAACUGGAAGAAGCUAAAAGUAAAUGUGCAGAACUUUCUCUGCUUGUGGAUGCUAAGAAGAAGGAGAUGCAACAAGUU